AUUUUAUGCAUAAAUAUGGCAGAACUUAAAAUGGAGGAAGAAAUAACAGAAAACUUUGAAAAUGUGUCACGGCCAACUGAACCAUCACUCAAACGGCCGGAGUUUGCAGCAGUUGUGUUCCAGCGCAUUCCAGAGACCUAUCCUGCUGAUGCCCAUAUUGAGUGUCGCUACACCAUAACUCCUGAUAUAAUUCCUACAUCCAGGGACUGGAUUGGUCUGUACAAAGUCGGAUGGAUGACGACUCGGGAUUACUACUAUUAUGAAUGGGCACAGACUCCAGCAGGGUAUGAAGCUGGAAAGGAACUGGAUGCCAGUAUUCUAUUUCCAGCUCAUAAGCUCCCAGGAGAAGAUGGGGAAUUCUACCAGUUCUGUUAUGUUACCAGCUCUGGGCAGAUCAGAGGAGCCAGCACACCUUUCCAGUUCAAAAAUCCCAGUGCUGAUGACUUUGUGGAGUUGGAUGAUGAGGAAACAAACAUGUUAGUGAUUCGGUCGAAGACUAUGGUGCUGGAGGAAAAUAUCCAGAAGCUACGGGAGGAACAGGAGGCAAUGGUACAAAGUCAACAAGAACUGGAAUGUGAGAGAGAUGGGCUUCUGUCUAGACUGUCAGAGAUGGAAAAACAGAUACAGAAUCUGACAGAAGACAACAACAGACUGCAGGACCAAGUAACAGCGGGGGAGAACUACAUCAAACAGCUGAACCAGGAGGCCAGGGACAUGAUGGUGGCUCGGGAGGCAUUACAGACCAAGCACGAUACACUGUCAACGAAAACAAGUGAUGUGGAGUCCAGACUGAAUGAGAAAGAUGAGGCCUUGAAAGGUUUACAGGUCAUUCUGAUGAAGAUGACAGGAGAGAAGGAUGAGUUAGCCGGAGAAAACCGGACCCUGAAGGAACAAAUGGAGCUUUACAAGAAUCACUUUACAACAUCGGAAAGUUCAGCCCAGGAAUAUGGUCGUCAGAUCGAGGAAAUGAGAGCAGAACUUGGCAAAAAGGAGAAUCUGAUCACUGAACUGAAACAAGAGGUCAAGGACAAGAAACAGCAGCUCGGGGAGGUGCAGAAAAAACUGGAGAGACAGACGGUCAUAUCCAGUGAAGACAAGGAUCAGAUUGACUCUUUGACUGAGAGAUUGCGUAACACAGAAGAUAAACUUGAUGCUGCAGAAAAGGUUAAAAUUAUUCUCCAAGAGGAGAUCAAGUCGUACGAAGAGAUGAAUGCCAAGAUGUCUUCUGAUCUAACAAGGACAGUAGCAGAAAACCAUGCCCUGAAACAACACCUGGCCCAGAUGGAGGAUCAGAUGAUGAAAGAGACAGAGUUACUGAGGGCAGAGGUGGUGUCCUCCCAACAGGACCUUAGUCAGGCCCUACAGGAGAAGAACAAGUUACAGGAGGAGUUAGAAGAGCUAUACCAGACUAAGGAGACCACAGAGAGCUCACUGUCCUCUCUACACUGUCUCAAGCUCGCCCAAGCCAGCCUCAAGGAGCGGUACGCCAAGAUGGAGCACACCUACUCAGAACUACAGACCGAGUUCUCAAAGAAAAAGAAGGAGAACUCACACAAUGUCGGGGAACUGAAGAGAGAAAUCGAGGACCUGAAAGAACGACUCAAUAUGGCGGCUGAGGAAUAUAAAUCCCUGUACAUCGAGAAAAAGAAAUAUCAGAAAUCAGCCGAGAAAUUACAGAAAAGACUAGGAUCAGGUCGUACCAUAAAUGUAUCCCAGGGUUCCCUGCCUGAGGUUACCAGUGAGGUGCUGCAGACGAAGGAGGCUCCAGGAGACAGUUCCUCCGUGUCUGAUCCUAAGGAAGAUACCGUCUCCCAGCUCCAGAGUGAACUAGACGACGUGUCUACAGAACUACAGAAAAGGAAUGAGAAAAAGAUUUUGUACAAAAAGAUGUACAAUGAAGAAAAGGAGAGGUUGGAGGUCCUGAGGCGACAUUUCCACGAUUCAAAAUGUUAAUUUUUCGAGGUAAAGUAUCAAAGUGUAAUGCAGUCACAUGACCUGAUCUUGUCUGUAUCUCAUGAAACAUAUUUUUUUUUUCAAUGAUUACAGAGUUUUUUGGUGAACAAAGACAACACUAUUGAGGAACUGAAUCGUAAAUUACGAGACAAUGUUAAACUGCAUGAUGGUCCAUCAGAGACACAGAUGAGGCCCCCUAUCAAGUGCCCCCCGGGGGCCCCCUACCCAGUCUACAUGUAUGGCAAUCCCUACCCCGGCUCCUUACUCUACCCAGCCCCUAUAGUGUAUCCCCAGGUAUCAAUGCCACAAUGCCAGGGACCAGACGGAAAACCAUUAGCUCCCCUCAAGUAUCCAGGUAACUAAAUUAACAGAUCCUUAGUCCCUAUCAGAUAUAUGUUUGUCGUUGAUAGCGUCAUUGUCAGACAGCCAGCCCCUGUAAAAUCAGUCAACCCUGACCAUCUCUCUGACGACCAACAGAGCGUGACCAAGGACCAGAACGUCCCCCUGAAGCCGUUACCACCCCCUCUGGUCCCCGAGCGACUUCCCUCAGCUAAACUCUCCGCGGUCAAGUCCUUCCUCAUGGACGGAGACUUCCCAGUGAGUGAGAUCAGUGUGAAUUUCGGGAGUAAUCACUUCAAGGUCACUGAUGAGGGGGAGGAAUUCCUGGUCCCGUCAGCGCCCCCAGCCCACCACCAGGGGGAGGAGAGAUUUGAGGACGCCAUCGGAGAAGCCAUGAAGAUUUGCCCGGUGUGCAGUGAUUCCUUUUCUGCGGACAUUGACCAAGCCAACUUUGAGGCCCACAUAUUAAGCCACGUCCAGAAGAUCUGCCCGAUCUGUCACAACCUGAUAGAGGAAGUGGAUGAUAACGGAUUCGAGUUCCACGUCAAUCAGCAUCUAGAUAAGGAGCAGGCUCAGAAGUGAAUGUUGUGUGUAAUGAGUGAUCAUUGAUGUACAACAUUCUGUCUUGAUACGGUAUAAAUGAUAGGAGCAUUAUCUACUGAUCAAUUUAUAAUACACGCUGUCAGUGAAACAAUAGACAUAUAGAUAUACACGUUGGCUACUUUUUGAAUGAUACACAAAUUAUUUACAGACAAAAUCUUAAUAUCAAAAGCUUAAUUUUGAUUUUUGUUAAAGAAAAUUUUCUGAUUCUUACACACCUGUGUUUGUAUACAUUGAAAACAAAACUGUAUGUGUUAUAAAAGCUUGAGAUACACUAUAAUGAUUUUUUCCCCAAAACAUUUUGUGUUGUGUGAAGUUGAAUGCAAUAUACAUGUAUAAUAAGAAUACAUACCACAUUCUGUAUAUCACAAUUCUUCCCUGUAAAGACUUAUUCUUUCCCAGGCUAAUACAAUUUGUGUUGUGAUGUGUGAUUAUGAAAUGAUUGUUUAUACAUGUAGAUGUUUUAUUUACUAAUUAUUUUACACAGAUUUUCUUUUGUUAGUGCUAGACGUAAUAUGAUGUGCUUUUUGUUUGUUGGAAGUUUAUUAUAACUGGACUUUCUGGAAAUGUUGAUUUCGGGAAUAACAUCUUGACUUUCGUGAUAAGAAAAAAAACUGCGAAACAUUUUCAUAUGUGAAAUUUAAAACAACGUAUUGUGAAAUGUAAAUUACAUAGGUAAAAACAAGAAAAAUCUAUGUGAGAGUUAAUAUGUUCUAAUUCCUCAAACGCCAGUUCUGUGAUUGUGAAUAUGUAUAUCUUAAAAUACAUAACAUAAUGUUUUUAAUGCUCCAUAUCCUAUUAUUAAUACAUUGUUACAUGUUUACUCACAUUUUGUAGAUCACAAAAUGUUUAAAUGUUGUUGAUUUAUUUCAAAAAUCCUGGUAGAUCUAACAAAAUCUAAUUUGAAUUGAUUUAUUGAAUGGAAAGAGGGAUAAUCAUGGAAUGUAUAGUGUUUAAAAUCAGUAAAUUGAAUCAUUGUACAGAAUGUUGUAAUUAUCGUGAGGGCUUUGUGUUUACUUUUAGCUAUAUUGUAUUAGAAUCACUGUAUGUAGGAAUCAUACAAAAUGCAGAAUUUUUUACCUGUGACAUAAAACAUGAUAGGUAGGCUAUAUUUUAGUAUUGUUAUAUCGGUGAGAUCCAAAGUCAGAGUACAUACAGCCAGACGGGAAUCUGAAGAAGUACAUGUGUACCUGAAUGUUAGGCAGGUCAUGUGACCUGGAGUGAUUACACCGGUGGAUCUAAGGUUUUGUGUUUGGAAUGAAUUGUAUGGGAUUGGGUUCAGCUGCAAUAUUUAUACUACAUGUACAUGUUUUAUUUUAAAAUGAAAAUAUGUUUCAAACAAAUCAAGUUAAGAGGAAACUUUGUUUUUUAAUACAGGUAAUUGUAAAUUUAUUUGGUAUAGAGUGUAAUUGUUUCUGAAGUAGACUAAUUAAGAUUUAAUGAUUUGUAUUUGACAGAAGUCUUUCUUAUUCUUUCAUGUAUAAGCCAUUUCCAAGUAUUGUGAUAAAAUGUUUUUCAUGUUUAAUAGAGUCAAUAAACUCUUCAUAUAUACAUGUA